CCAAAGUUCCCGUCUUAGUAGGUAGUGGUUGGGUAGGACUUGGAGGAUGAUGGCUUUGUUGGUGUUGAGGGGUGGGGGGAGUUGGAAGUGUUUAUUUUUUUUAUUUUUAUUUUUUCGUUCGAAUACUGGGGCAAGAGCUGGGUUGGUGAUUGAAGGUGUAUCCAUAAGGAGAAGAGCCUUCUUUCGAGGAGCCAAGAUUGCGUCGCUCAUCUCAGGUGAGUAUAGCCCUAAUCUCGAUAACCCCCUCCCUCCUCUACCUGUUCCAUCCUUCUAGGAUCUCUCUGUCUCGCGGAGGUCUUGACGAUGAUGAACACGGGAUUUCGUUCUUUGUCACCACGUUAAUCAAGCAUCCACGAGUCAGCGUCGA